AAACAGCCAUCCACGAUCCAACCCUUGAGAAUCAAGUCCACCACGGCAUAUAAAUCAAACAAGACUACAAACCAAACCCAAAAAACACUACAAGCAAAUAAUAUAUAAGCAAUAAAAAUGGCGAAUAUGGGAAAUUAUAUAUGUUUGACUGACGAGAGGAACACAACCCUAGCCCUCUGAUAACACACAAAAAUUGCAAUGGAUUUGAUCAAUUAAAUCUUAAAAGCCGUACGCGCCGUAUCAUACCACCAGCCCUUCAAUCUCUCAUGGCCAAACUUGAGGGAACCGUACCGAACAAUUUCGACAAACCGGAGUCGGAGGGAGACGACGAGACUCACCGGUGGGGCACUUGGGAGGAGCUCCUCCUGGCCUUCGCCGUCAACCGCUACGGCACCGACCGUUGGGACUCCGUCGCCUCUGAACUCCAGAAGCGGAGCUCCGAGCCUACCCCAACCCUACUGACCCCUCAAAACUGCAAGCAGAAAUACCUAGACCUGAAACGGCGUUAUUUAACCCAAAACGACAACGUCAAUAAUAAAUUGUUGAAUGAUGAUAACGUUGACGGCGACAAUAGCAAAGGCUCUGUUCCGUUGCUGGAGGAACUCCGGAAACUUCGGGUUGCCGAGCUUCGGCGUGAAGUCCAACGUUACGAUCUAAACAUCGAGUCGUUAGAGUUGAAGAUGAAGAGAAUGGAAGAGGAGAGAGAAGGGAGUUUGAGGAGCGUGAAGAACAGUGAUGAAAACUCAGAUCUAGAAAAGAAGGGUGAAGAGAAGAGAAAGGACGACGAGGUAGAACCGGAUGAGAAUGCAUGGCCUCAAUCCAUGGCCGGAGAACCGGUCAUCGGAAAUGAAUCGGAGAAGGAUCAUAUGUCGGUAAACGAAUCAAAUUCCACAGAUCUAGACGGCGAGAAGCUAAGAACCGGUGAUAAAGAAUCAGAACCGGACAGAACCGGAGAUUUUCAGGGAAAAAGGGAUCGAACCGGGGAAGGAAGAGAAGAGCCGGUAGAUUUAAAGGCUGAUUCCGAUCGAACCGGAGAGGGAAAACCUGUUCGAGAGGAAUCAUGUAACGGGAGUUCAGAUAGUAUAGAAAAAGAUCCGGUUCGGGAAGUCAAGGUUGAGCGGGCGAGUGACUCGGUCGGGUUGGUGGACUCGGAGGCCGAGUCAAAGGGAGGGGGAGAUGAAGCAGCGAGAGAAAGUUCCGACGUGCAGAGCACAGCGAGUAGAUCGAAGGAGGAAAAUGAUAAGAUACAUCGCGGGAGCCUGAGUGGUGAUGAACGUGACCACGUGGAUCAAUCAGGAACCCUUAAAGAUUUGCCUGUUGCAUCUCAGCCGUUGCUCGACUUUUUGCAUAACCUUCGAGCACAUAAGAGCGGCUCAGUCUUUGAGAGGCGGCUCCAGAGCCAGGUGAAUAUCAAAUAUCGGUUUUGUUUUUAUUUUUAUUGCAAAAAGAAAAUAUAAAAUUGUGAAGGUGAA